UUACAAUUGCAGGGCAGUACGCAGCUCGGGCCGCCACACCGUGUGGAACGUCUCGGAGAGACCUUCGUGCCCUUCCAGGUGUUCAGCGACUACAUCCAGGGUCUGUCGACCACUACCUAUAGUCCCUCGGCGUACAACCUGCUGGAGCACAACUGCAACCACUUCAGCGAGGAGGUGGCGCAGUUCCUGUGCGGCGCGCACGUGCCCAAGCACAUCGUGGCGCAGCCCGACGACCUGCUGGCGCCGGGCGCGCGCGCCGCGCUGCAGGCGCUGCUCGACAACCUCGUGCCGCAGGCGCAGACGGUGUACGCCAACGGCGGCGCGCGCAGCGCUCGCGCCGACAGCCCGGACUACCUCACGCUCAACUCACAGAUAGAAGAAGUUCGAGCGGCGUCGCAGGAGCUGGGCGCGCGGCGCAGCACGCUGGCCGAGAAGUUGGCGCGCAAGGAGCGCCGCCGGGACAAGAAGCGCAAGAAGCAGGGCCGCGACCGCGGGGACCAGGCCGACGAUGAAGACGCCGCCGAGAUGGCGGAAGCUGUAGAGACGGCGACGGCGGGCGUGCCCGAGGAGUUGUCCCGCGCCGGGCCCAGCUCGGAUGCACUCGAUGCUGAGGCAGACGAGAGGCGCGAGGAGGAGCUGCGCAAGCGCAACCGAGACCCACCCAUCGUGUUCAAUGAUAUCGAUGGUGUGCAAGAGUUUGAAAAGUUUUCAAAGGCAUUGGAAAGCGUGGAGCUGACACCGGAGGAACGACAGAGCGUGGACGAGCUGCAGCAGUACCUCGUGCAGGGCGAGGGCAGCUGGGUGCUGGGCGACGACUUCCUGGCCUUCAUAGGGCGCGUGCUGCGCGACGCGGCGCUGGCGGCGGACGUGCGCGUGUGCGCGCUGCGCUGCCUGGCGGCGGCGGCGCUGCGCGACGACGUGUCGCUGCUGCUGCACCAGGACCGGCGCCACCACGCGCUGCUCAACUACGCGCACGACGUGGAGCGCCACUCGCCGCCGGAGCAGCUCGCGCUGGCCCUCUUCCUGUGCAACCUGUUCGAGAGCGUGUCGUCGUCGGAGUGGCUGCUGUACAUCAGCGAGUGGGACCACGACGGACAGCCCCUCUCCAACAUCCGCGCCACCACCAAGGUGACGGUGCACUGCGCGCUGAGCGACGACGCGGCGCUGCGCGACGUGGGCACGGCGCUCAUGUACAACAUCGCCACCAAGGAGCGGUUCCAAGCGGGCAAGGCGCUCCGAGACUUGCUGCCCAGGGGCGCGCGGUCCAAGGUGUUCGACGAGGUGUGCGUGGAGCUGGCGAUGGCCCUGCUGCAGCUGCUGGCCUGGGCGCCGCCCGAGGAACUGCUGUGGCGCGCCACGCGGGCGCUCGCCCGCUUCGCCGCGCACUCGCACGACGUGCCGCAGCUCAUCGCCAUGGUGGGGCCCGACCCCGCCGCCUUCAGGGGCACGAGCCCGCGCGUGGACGAGCAGAUUGACCUCAUCAUGAAGAGAGUGAAGUGAGCCGAGCUCAGCCUUGUCACUGGUGCCAGUCAGGGCACGUCGUUAUGGUUACCGUUUGCUACUCUUUUCUGUUAAUGUUUUAAUUUGUACUGGACACCAGCCGGUGCUCGAGGGAUGUAGAUUUGUAUAGACGCGCCGCUCCGGCUGCUCGAUUGUAAAUAAUACGAUUACCUGUUAGUGCUAAUAUUAUAUUAAGGCGACAAAUUUAGUGUAAGUAGCUUCUAAUGAGCUUAUAAAUUAUAUACAAUUAUACACACAAAUGAUAUUAUUCAUAUACAAAUGCUGCAUGCUAACACGUGGCGGCUAUCGUGCAUUUACACAUAAUGUAUGCUUAUAAUAAAUUUAAAAGAAUUUAAUAAAUGUUUGGUAUACUGGGCA